AUGGAAUCUUCAAGUGUUGUUGGCUCUCCUUCCAUGAAUCAUCAUCAUUCAUCCAUGAUGAGCAUCUCCACCACCUCAACGACCACCUCUUUUCAAGAAAAACCACAACAACUUCCUUUGAUUUCUCAUGUCGAUGGGAAAUUUCAAGUUGAUAAAAAAUCCGUUGAAAUCAUUUCAAAAAUUAAAGAACCCAUUGCAGUGCUUUCCAUCGCUGGGGUAUAUCGAUCGGGAAAGAGCUUUUUAUUGAACCAGAUUUUGGAUCGAAAUGAUGGCUUUUCUAUUAGUCCGACGGUAAUGCCGUGUACUAAAGGAUUAUGGGUUUGGAGUGUACCUCUAAAAGUGUCCAAUAAGAAUCAUUCCGAUUUUAGAUUAUUAAUCAUCGACUCUGAAGGUAUUGGCUCUUUUUGUGCAAAUGAAACCUAUGACACUCAGAUAUUUGCUCUCUCUCUCCUAUUGAGCUCUUUCUUUAUCUAUAAUAGCGUUGGAAGCAUUGAUGACAAUGCAAUAACUAGACUAGGUCUCGUGACAGAAUUAUCCAAGUAUAUAAGAUCAAAGCUUAGAAGUGAUGUGAACUCAUUGUUCCCUUCGUUUCUAUGGGUAGUUAGAGAUUUUACUUUGGAUUUAAAUGUCGAAGGACGAAGAAUUUCCUCCAAAGAAUAUUUAGAGAAUGCCUUAGCCGUCGAAGAUCGUAUAGUAUCUGAGACUGAAAGAGCAAAACAACAAAUCAAAACCUCCCUCAAACAUUAUUUCACAGAUAGAGAUUGUUUUACUUUAUUGCGACCGAUUCAUGACGAAAGAAAAUUACAAAACGCAUCCAAAGUGGAUGUUAAUGAUAUUCGAUUCGAAUUUAGACAACAAAUUGAAAUUUUGAAAGAAAAAAUAUUUUCAAACAUUAAGCCAAAAGAAUUUUCUGGGAAAAUGCUAAAUGGAAGAAUGUUCAUAAGUCUUUGCGAAAAUUAUUGCAAUGCAAUGAAUGAAGGAUCUAUUGUGAUUGAUUCCUGUUGGAACAAUGUCGUUAAACACGAAUGUGACACUUUACAAGCAGAAGCUCUUCGAAUUUACAAAAGCAAAAUGCAAAAACUUGUCAAACAAUGCGUUGAUCAGAACGAACUAGAAAAUGCUCAUUUUGAAUACGAACAAGAAGCAAUGAAUCAUUUUGUGGAGAACUCUAAAACAGUGAUGGGAGAUGUUCAUGUUCAUUUAACCGCUUUGCAAGAGUCCAUUGCUUCGAUAUUUAAACUUGUGAGAGAAGAAUCCAAAAGUUUGAAUUUUGAAAUGAAUUCACAAGUGGUGGUCUCCACAUUUUCUGAAAUAAUAUCAAAUAUUGACACAUUUAGGUCUAUUGAUGAUGUCAAUUAUUCUUUGAGAAAUGCCAUUGAGAAUUUCAGUGAACGAUCUAAAGGUGAUAAAAAUCAUGUACUUGUAGAAUUCUUCAUGCGAUGGAUGUUUGAAACACUUCCUUACUAUCACAACAAAACUCUUAACACUCUCAUAGAAGAAAAAAAUUCUGAAGUGUCUCAAUUAAGAGUAGAAUGUGAUGAGAGACUCGAAUCUAUUCAACAACAACUCAACAAUGAAAUUUCAAAUCUAAUGGAUGCAAAAAACAAACUUCGAGAACAACUUCUCAACUUGAACAAUGUCGCCAAGCGCCUGAAAAAAGAAAUAUCCAUUAAAGAUGGAACCAUUCAAGAACAAGGAGAAGAGAUUAAAAACUCAAGAUUGGAGCAAGGUCGACUUUCUCAAGAAAUACAACAACUUGAACGACAAGUCGAGAUUUUGAGGUCAGAGUCAAAGGAAAUGAAAGUGAAAUAUGAAGAUCAAAUUCAUGCUGAGAGAAUGGAAAAUGAUGCUUUAAAAGAGGAAAAUAUUAAUCUUCAAAAUACUCUCAAAUUGUUACAAGAAAAUAAGCAAGAUUUACAACAUAGUAUUUAUGAGUUACAAGAAGUAAUAUCUAAACUCAAAGAUAGUUAUCAAAAGGCUCGUCAACAAAACUUAAAUGCUGAAGAAACUUUGAAACAAACUUCCGAACUGCUUUCGAGUACUUUGGAUCAUAAAAAGUUUUUAGAAGAAGCCAAUCGAAAAUAUCAAGAUGAUAUUACUCGGCUGAAUAAUGAAUUAGAAUCACAGAGAGAGAUUAUACGAAGGCAGGAAAGAGAAAUUAGUAACAAGAAUGCCAAACUCAAGUCCAGUGAAAGAUUAAUGGCUUUUGAAAAGGAAAAAGCAGCUGAAAGUGAAGAUCGAUUGAGACAAACAUUGAAAAACAGUGCUCAACUCAGCUCCAUUGGACGAGUGAAAGAAUUGGAAGAACAAGUGGAACAGCUCAAUAUCACAAAUAGAAGAAUUUUAGAUAUUAACAAAGCGGUCAUGGAAGAAAACAAACAAAUUAAGGAAAAAUUGAGAGAAAAAAAGCUACAAGAAUCUAACCUUGUUAUUGGUGAAGAUGCAACAAAUAGUGGCACGCCAGAAAGAACGAGCCUCGAGAAGAAACAAAGCAUGUCAACAGCUAAAACUCCCGAUAUACAAUCGUUGAAUGCCUUUGACACUCCAAAGUCCAUUACAGAUGUUAGUCCUAUUACCCCUGGCUUCUCAAGUUCCACGGCAGAGAGUGAAGACAGUGUAAAUAUGAGCUCCAAUAGCAAUAACAGUGAGGAACAGCAAGUUGAGGAAAGAGAAGAGACACCUCACCCACAGCAUCAACAAUCCAGUUCAUCUUCUAAAAAAACACUGAGGAGAAGGAAUAGUCCUGUCAAGCAAACAAGGACACCAACCCCUUCUUCUGGCGAUUUAAUUUCUUCAGUUCGACCAAGUAUGAAGACAAACCCUUCUCCACUGCCAUUAACAUCCUCACGCCGACGAUCGUUGAGUGACAGUUUGCAAAAAGAACACGCGACGCUUAACAGCUUAAAUUAA